AUGGUGGGGAACGUUGUGCCUGAAAUCCCGAAGCCUCACGUGGUCGUUCUCCCAAGUCCAGGAAUGGGUCACGUGAUACCCAUGUUGGAGCUGGCCAAGCGCCUCGUCCUCCACCAUGCCUGUCAUGUGACUUUCAUUCACAUCACCACUGAAGCUUCUGCCACCGAAACUCACCUGCUUCACUCCUCCAAACACCUCCCUCUUGGCCUCAAUGUCAUCGAUCUCCCAACCGCUGAUAUCUCAGCCGUAAUCUCCGACGACACUCCAACGUUCUCCCGCCUAUGCAUCAACAUACGGGAAAACCUCUCCUUCUUGAAAUCAACUCUCACGAAACUCCAAAAUCCUCAAUCUUUAAUCACUGACAUGUUUUGCACCCAAGCGUUUGAUAUCUGCAGGGAACUUUCUAUACCUGCAUACAUUCUAUGCACUACCUCCGCCGUCUUUCUUGCAGCCUCGUUGUUCUGUUUAGAGAUUGAUUGUGACGUUUCUAGCGAGUUUCUUCACCUUCCGGGUUGCGCACCGCUCAGAACCGAGGAUUUGCCGUUCACCAACGAUGGCGACUUUGAAUGGCAUUCUUAUCACAUUUGUCGAAUGCCAAUGGCUGCUGGUAUUUUCGUUAAUACGUGGGAGGAUCUUGAACCUAUUCCGGUUCGAGCUAUUCGAGAACAUCCUUUCUACCAGCGGAUUCGCACGCCGCCGGUUUACUCAAUUGGACCGCUUGUGAAAGAAACCGAACCGGUAACCAAAACCGGAGAAGAAUGUUUGGCUUGGCUUGACAAGCAACCUUCGGGAUCUGUUCUGUUUGUGGCACUCGGCAGCGGGGGAAAUCUGUGUAUGGAACAGCUCACUGAGUUAGCAUGGGGUCUUGAACUGAGUCAACAACGAUUCUUAUGGGUGGUGCGUACACCAACCGAUGUUAGUAAGAUUGGUGCAAACGUGAACGACCCCAAAUCAUAUCUGCCAGAAGGGUUUAUGGAGAGAACUAAAGAGUUGGGGAUGGUGGUGCCGUCGUGGGCUCCACAGGUGUUGGUGCUGCGUCACCAUUCUACUGGGGUGUUUCUAUCUCACUGUGGCUGGAACUCUGUGUUGGAGAGCGUGAGUCAUGGAGUGCCUAUGAUAACAUGGCCACUUUACUCCGACCAGAGGGUGAACGCAACAUUAAUGGCGGAGGAUAUUGGUGUGGCUAUCAAGCUAGCGGGGGAGCCAGGGAGGAAGGUGAUCGGAAGGAAGGAGAUUGAAAGAGUGGUGAGGGCUGCAAUGGAAGGUGAAGAAGGGAAGAUGAUGAGAGGCAAGGUCAAAAACAUUAAAAUAAGUGCAUCCAAAGCAUUGGAUGGUGGUGCUGGUGCGUCAUGUUUUGAAACACUUGCUGACAUAGUUGACCAGUGGAAGACCAUGGGUUAA